GAAGCGGCGACCGACAGACGUCUUAAAAAACAAGACCAGUGCUCGAAUAAAAAAACGGUGAUAAAAAAAUGGUGGUAAAACUAACGACUCAAGUGGCAAACAGUGUAAAAAAAGAAGACAGUCUAGCAAAUCUAUUAGGGGAUUUUGGAAAAUGGCAACUCAUAGUUUUCGCUUCAGUGUCCCUAGUGAAACUGAGUUCAGGAUGGGUGCAAAUGGCAAUUUUAUUCCUGACACCGAAUCUCACAUUUCGUUGUGUAGAUUUAGGAAAUUUCACAGAGGAAAUUAUGAAUAAUACUUGUUAUAAAGAGUGUGGUAAAUACGAAUAUGAUGCGAGUCCUUUCGAUAAUACUAUUGUGUCGGAAUGGGACCUCAUUUGUGAACGGCGGUGGCUCGCUAGCUUCAACCAAACGGUGCUUCAAGUCGGCAUCCUGAUCGGCAGUACCAUAUUUGGAUUUCUUUCUGACAGGUAUGGCCGUAAAAACUCAUUCUUGGUGGCGAUAUCCACCCUGAUAGUCUUUGGCUUAGCACAGCCAUUCUCGCCAAACUAUCUGGUGUUCACCAUACUGCGGUUCCUGACCGGCCUGGCGACGUCUGGCACGAUGGUGGUGUCUUUUGUAAUGGUCAUGGAAGCCGUGGGUCCAAGGUAUCGGGAGGUCACUGGAUGCUUGUUCCAGAUACCUUUCAUCAUAGGUCACAUGUCAAUACCCCUAUUCGCGUACUACUUCAGGAGUUGGAACACCUACUUGCUGGCGCUGGGGAUCCCUCCCCUGAUCUACUUGGGCUACUUCUUCGUGCUAAACGAGUCUCCUCGGUGGCUGAUCAGCGUUGGAAGGGUGAAAGAAGCCACUGAAAUUGUCACCAGAGCCUGCAUCUUGAACAACCGACCAACAGCAAAAAUCGAGGAAACCUUGACACAAAUGUCGAAGGAGAUCGCCGCUAAAGCUGAUGAGCCCAAGCCAAACUACUUGGACCUGUUCAAAAGCUGCCUGUUGUUGAAGACUGUGUGCUGCUGCAUCAUGUGGGUGAUCACUGGUAUCAUCUUCUUUGGGUUUAACCAGUACAUCAGCCAAACCAGUCCGGAUCCCUUCGUCAGCGUAGCUCUGGCUGGAGCUAUACAGUUCCCCUCAAACUUUCUCUCGAUCUGGCUCAUCAAGAGGUUCGGCAGAAGACUCACCGUUUCCAUAUCCUUCAUCAUGCAAGGAGUCUUCAUCGUGAUCCUUUACUUCGUGCCCAAGAUCUUCGCUGUGACCCUCACGCUUGGCACUUUGGGAGUGAGCUGUUCCGCCAUCGCUGCAUCUACCAUCUAUAUCUAUACUUCAGAACUUUAUCCGACUGUGCUCAGGAAUAUGGGGAUGGGAGCAUGUUCUACUGCUAUGAGGAUAGGUUCUAUGGCAGCUCCUUUCAUCUCCAACACAUCGACAACUAUACCUUGGCUUCCCACGGCCAUAUUUGGAACAACACCUGUUAUAGCUGGUCUGGUGGCUCUAUUACUUCCAGAGACCAAAGGCAGGAGUUUACCAGACAGUAUUGAGGAUGUCAGAACAGCUGAUUGAUGAUCUCUUUAAUAUUAUUAUGACGUUAUAGAAGAAUUUCGAUGUGAUCGUAUUUUUUUCACGAUGGUGCUACCUUCAUGAAUGAGUAAGGGCGUUAUCAUCCUGACACUUCUAAUGAAAAACUUAAGAAUUAAAUAUAUCUAUGUGACAGUUGAGUCACUAAACAACACAGAGUCGUUACAGUGUCUAAUGCGAGUUUUUUUUACGUUAGCACGAUUGACACGUUUAUGACGUUCAGCGUUCUGAUUGGCGCGCUCUAAGUUCACUAACCAAUCAGAGGACUCAACGCGGUAACGUUUAUAUCGCGUUUAAACGGGAUAGUCAGAAUUCGAGGAGUGUGUAGACGCAGAAGAGGGGUGAAUAGAUACUAGAAAAAUUCACCCUUUUUGUGUAUCUAGAUAGAUAUAGCACACUGAUGUAUUUAAAGCACUGGAUAUUUAUUUAAACUGAGACAAAGUAUAAUGACAUAGUAAAAAUAGCCUGUGAUUUAUCAGGCGUUGAGCUUGUGGCGAAUCGUAAAGAUUUGUCGGAAGAAUCUCUCAAGAUUUUCAAGUCUUUGAAGAUCGUAUUUCUUAUUGAUAUUACCGGAAGAUGACCAAAAAAAGGAUUUAUACAUCCAUAUGUAUAUAUAACACUAUACCUAUACUCGUUCUUUUGGUAGCGCCUAAGAGAAAAUAACGAUAGAUAUGUGAUACAAUAACUAAAUGUGAUAUUUUGACGUUUUAGCUACAAUAUUAAAUAAAUAGUUACCGUUUUUUGAUCCCACUUUCAAGUUAGAUAAUGUUUUGACCAAUAAUUGUCUUAAUGAAAACAUUAUAGUUUCUUACUCAGAGAUAUUUAAGUAUAACUUUAACUAUCUAUGUAUUUUGUGAUUAAAAUUGAAAUAGAUGCUCUGAGUGCGGCGGCAAGUUAGUUUAUUUUAGUUGAAAUAAUUAUUAUAGUACAAUUUUGUUAAGGAAUAUGUAUGUAUAAGUAGAUAAUAAUUUAAAAGGCCUUGUUAUUAAGUGUCAAGCAUUAUGUGCCUUGGAUUUGAUACCGGG